AUGCCUGUUAGUACCACCGUCAUCCCCAUACCAUCUAUAACCGAUGAGAAUUCUUCUACCGUUAUAAUCCAAGACUCCAUACCUCCUCAUUCAAUUACUGAUAAUGACGAUGAUUCACCAAUUUCCACUUCAAAAUCUACUAAAGAUAUAAAUCAUGAUGUGUUCAAACACAUAAUGAAUGAUAACUUUAUUAGCCCAAUUGAUAAACCCACAAUGAAGGUCGGUGAAUUAUAUCUCUCGGCAUUUAAACUAUUACUCACAACAACCUCCAACACGCCUCCCACUAAUGAUGAAUUUAAAAUUAUCGAAGCCGAAUGUGAUGAUCACAAAACGAGCUUCGUUUAUCAUGCUGGCUUUGCUAAAAGGCUAUAA